AUGGAAUCCUUUAUAAAACAAUCGAUCGAUAGAACUAUCCCAUUGCUCUGCUGUGUCUGCCCGAAGGCACCUCACUUCUCGGAUGUGUCGCAUUUGCUUACCCAUAUUGCUUCAAAAGGUCAUCUACAUCACGAGACCCAGAUGAAGCUACGAUCGCAUCAAGAUCUCACGGCUGCCAUGGCUCUCCAGAAGUAUGAUCAAUGGUAUAUUCGAAACAAUAUUGAAGAUCUACUUGUACAAAGAAUGAAGGCCAAACAGACCAAGGAGGCAGCAAGACAGAGACGAAAACGAAAAUUACACACUUACAACCCUUUUGCUUUACCUAAUGUCUUGCAGACCACAGACGAUCCAAACCAAAUUCCAACAAGCAGCAUCAAGGUAGAAGGAGACAAGUGCGAUAAUCGCCCAUCUAUAUAUCCAGAUCCAGUAGCCUCGGACAAUGACUUCGACAAUUCAGAGUUCUAUCAGCAGAGUGAGGUGUCAAAACUCAAGGGUCAAUAUUGGCCAGGUAUGGGUAAAAUGGACUUGGCUAAUGAGGACAUGAAACGCACCCGUAACCAACGAAAACCGAAAUCUUCUGUCGAUCGUAUGAAAAGGACCUCGGAAAGCAUAGCGCCUACGCAAGUUGUGUUGAACCUCGAUUUUGAAGUAGAGGUUGUCAAAGGAGUGUACGAUCCAUCUUCUCCAGUACCUAUCGACGAGGAGAUGGCCCCCGUUUUGAAAGUCAGUCGACCACGGAGGAAGAAGACCAAACCCCUCCAAGAGCUUUCCUCCAAUGUACCAACCGCCGCCAAGAGACGAAAGUCAAAGGACGACCCAUCCCGGGUGAUAGGCGACGAGCCCGGUAGCAUAUUAUUCGACGAAAGUUUAUUUUACAAGUCGAAAAGCCCCAUAGACCCCUUUAUCACAGCUCAACACACACAAUUUCACAACGAAAAUGUUGAUUUUGGUGUUUACCAUGCACGACAAUAUUCAAGUCCAUCGAUGAGCCAUUCACUGUAA